AUGAGGUUUGAAGACUUUGGUGCUGCAGCAAAGCAGCAGCGUCAUGAUAUGUAUACUGAAGGCACCCAAAGCCUUCACGCCUCCUUCGCUCACCUUUCCUUUCAUCCGCAGCAGCAGCAGCAGCACCAAACGUACAAACGCCACUCUCACCAGCAGCAGCAGCACCAGCAGCAGCAGCAGCACCAGCAGCAGCAAUUAGAAGAAGGAGCAGACGAGAUAGAGAGUGCAGAACAGCAACAACAAGAAAAACAAAUUCAAUACAUCUACUCACUCACAGAUAUGAUCGGCGCAUUCGCCAGAAUGAAACGUCUGCAGCGAGGAGAAGAGCUGUUGUCUACCCUCUGCUUUGAAAGACACAACAGCGCUCCUCAAGAGUUUGAUGCAUAUACUGUUGUUGCAGCAGCAGCAGCAGCACUUGCAGCAGAUGCUGCUGAUCCCCCCGUACCGGCCCCUGCACACAACAGCAGCAGCAGCAGCAGCAGCAGCAGCAGCAGCAGCAGCAAUGUGCAGCGGAUGGGCUCAUUCCCUUCAUCGCCACGUCAUUGCCCGCAGCAGCCGCUGCAGGUGACUCUGCCAGGGGAGGAAUGCAGCAGCAGCAGCAGCAGCAGCAACAGCAGCAACAGCAGCAACAGCAGCAACAGGAACACGGCAGAAGGGGCAGAGAACUUGAGUGAGAAGGAGAUGCAGUUGCUGCUGCUUCAACAACAACAGCAGCAGCAGCAGCAAACGCUGCUUUCUCAACAAGAAAAACAAAGAGAGCGACAGCUGCAGCAUACUGCAAAUAUGGAGGCCAUCCCUGUGCUGCAGAGGGCCCAGAAGCUCCGUCAGCUCGAAGUUGCUGUGACGGUCUAUGAAACGUUUAAAAGAAGAAAUGAAAAAAUGCAGAAAGACGUUUGUCUGCUCCUCGUUCAGUGUGCUCUAGCGUCUGGUGCAUACGCUCAGGCGAGCAGCUGGCUGACAGAGUUUUUAGCCGAAGUAGCGUUCGACGGAGGCUGGUUGGAUAGAGUGUUAGCAGCAAUCUUUGUCGGGGCCCCACACCUGCUGCAGGGCUUGCUGCAGCAGCUGCAGCUGCUGGUGCUGCAGCAGAAACUCUCCCCGGAAUGUGCAGAUACAGUUCACAAAGCCAAUAGCUACUUAACCUUGUCUGCUCUUGCUGCGCCUACUAAUAUACAGCAGCAGCAGCAGCAACAACAACAACAACAACAGCAGGAGCAGCAGCAGCACGGGAUGUUGACUCCUGGACACAGUCCGGAGGUGUAUGCAGAUGAACCAGUUGCUGCUGCUGCUGCUGCUGCUGAACAAGCAGAUGCAGCAGCAGAGACCCAACAGCGCGACUCUGCAGCAGCAACAGCAGCAGAAGCCGCAACAGCAGCAGAAGCUGCUUCCCCAGAUUGCUCAAAGGAAGAAGGCCUUGCUGAUGAAACAGCAGCAGCAGCAGCAACAGCAGAUGCUGCUGCUGCUGCUGCUGCAGCGCAGGAGGAAGUAACAGCUGUGCCAAACACAGCAACAGGUGAACUGGAGUUAGCAGCAGCAGCAGAACCUACCGUUGCUGCUGCAGCAAAAGAUACGAACGCACCAUCCACAGUAGCAGCAACAGCAGAAGCAGAUAACGCUGCUCCAGCUGCUGCAGAAACAGCAGCAGCAGCAGCAGCAGCAGCAGCAACCACUCAGAAGAGACUCAAUCCAAACGCCCCUGAAUUCGUACCUGCUUUCUCUGUCCCCUUGCUGCAGCAGCAGCAGCUGAAAAAGCCAAAGCAGCAGCAGCAGAAGCAGCAGAAGCAGCAGCAGCAGCAGCUUGGACUCACCCACCACCUGGCUUCGAGGAGCUUCCUAAGACAUUUAAGCGUGCCAGCAGCAGCAGCAGCAGCAGCAGCAGCAGCAGGUGCAGCAGCGGGAAAGGAGGCGAAGUCAGAGGGGCAGCAGCGAGACGCAGCAGCAGCAGCAACAGCAGCAGCACCAGCAGCAGCAAACGCGCAUGAGAAGUCUUCGCAGGAACAGAUGCUGCGGCUGGUGCAGCAACAGCUGCAAAGCCUUGUGCAGCAAAAGACAAGGCAGCAGCAGCAGCAGCAGCAGCAGCAAGUAAAGAAUACUCACCUACAGCCACAGCAAGAUCCCGAGCAGCACCAGCAAACCUGGCAGCAACAGCAGCAGAGGCACUGGCAGCAGAAGCAGCAGCAGCAGCAGCAGCAGCAGCAGCAGCAACGGGGUGCCUUGUGGAGACCCCACAGCGAGAUAUCUGCUAACUGGAGGCCGCGAAUUGAUCGCCAGCAGCAGCUGCAGGCUUUAGAGAGGCAGCAGCAGCAGCAGCAGCAGCAGAAGCAGCAGCAGAAGAACAGCAGCGCAGCAGCACACAGUGCAAGCAGACUCAAGCUCGCCCAUGCAAUCAUCACCAGCCUCGCUGCUAACAACCGCAGCAGCAUCAGCAGCAGCAACAGCAGCAGCAGCCUGCAGCCUCAGACAGCAGUGCAGCAGCAGCAGUAA